GCCGGUCGCGCGGUCUGCGUCGCGCGGAGGCUCGCUGGGCAGUGCUGUCUCACCGGUGAGGCGGAGAAACCGACAGGUCCCCCAUCCUGUCCCGUUUGCAGACCCCAGCCUUCCGCCACCAUGGAGUACCUCAUCGGCAUCCAGGGCCCCGACUAUGUUCUUGUCGCCUCCGACCGGGUGGCCGCCAGCAAUAUUGUCCAAAUGAAGGACGAUCAUGACAAGAUGUUUAAGAUGAGUGAAAAAAUCUUACUCCUGUGUGUUGGAGAGGCUGGAGACACUGUACAGUUUGCAGAAUAUAUUCAGAAAAAUGUACAACUUUAUAAGAUGCGAAAUGGAUAUGAGUUGUCUCCGACAGCAGCAGCUAAUUUCACACGCCGAAACCUGGCUGACUGUCUUCGGAGUCGGACCCCAUAUCAUGUGAACCUCCUCCUGGCUGGCUAUGAUGAACAUGAGGGGCCAGCACUCUACUACAUGGACUACCUGGCUGCCUUGGCCAAGGCCCCUUUUGCAGCCCAUGGUUACGGUGCCUUCCUGACUCUCAGUAUCCUGGACCGAUACUAUACACCAACUAUCUCACGUGAGAGGGCAGUGGAGCUUCUUAGAAAAUGUCUGGAGGAGCUCCAGAAGCGCUUCAUCUUGAAUCUGCCAACCUUCAGUGUUCGAAUCAUUGACAAAAAUGGCAUCCAUGACCUGGAUAACAUUUCCUUCCCUAAACAUGACUCCUAACAUCAUACCCUCCUUCCCACUUACCAGGGAACUUUUUUUGACAGGAACCUUUAAUUUUUUUCUACUCUUUGGAUGUGCACUCAUGAUAGAUGGUUAAUUCUGAAUAAAACUGAAUAUGGGUAAAUUGA